AAGUCCAACCUAAAGCUGCCCGCACACCCUCUAGUCCACGGUCACGACUUUAGCCUGCAGUUCGGGAGCACCGGUCAGCCACCUUCGUCCACGUCUAGCAGCCCAGGGCACUAAAACAGCCACCCUUGCAUUUCAGUCGCUCAGUUCAUUUUGAAAACCGCAACAAUGGAUAUCGACAAUGGUGUGGAAGAGGAGGAGGAGGAGGAGUUCGGAUUCUCGAGAAACUAUUUUCUCGCGAAAGAAUUGGGCGGCUCUGGAAAGAAAUCUGCUUGCAAGCUCUCCGACAUUGAUCUCGUUGACGAACAGGAGCUGAGGGCAGCGGCAUCGAAUAUUGAACCAAAGCAUGAGAAGGAGGUCGUGGCUUUGAUGAACAGCUACAGGAUUUUGUACCCCAAAUGGGUUUUCGAGCUAAGGUGUGGUUUUGGCCUUCUAAUGUAUGGAUUUGGAUCUAAGAAAGCUUUGAUUGAAGAUUUUGCUUCAACAGCAUUGACCGAGUAUUGUGUAUUUGUAAUUAAUGGCUAUCUUCAAUCAAUUAAUAUAAAACAGGUUGCAAUAUCAUUAGCUGAAGUUCUAUGGGAUCAAUUGAAAACCAAACUAGCGACUACUUCUGGGAACUUGCCUAAAGUUCAACAGCCAUUUAGCUCCCGGUCCAUGGAUGAUCUUCUUGCAUUUCUGAAUGGAUCACAAGCACAGGACAAAGAUUGUUUCAUAUGUGUUGUUAUUCACAAUAUUGAUGGGCCUGGAUUAAGAGACUCUGAAACUCAACAGUAUCUUGCACAAAUAGCUGCUUGUUCCUGUAUUCGUGUUGUUGCUUCAAUCGACCAUGUGAAUGCACCCCUUUUGUGGGAUAAGAAGAUGGUUCACACACAGUUCAACUGGUGUUGGUAUCAUGUUCCUACCUUUGCACCAUACAGGGUUGAAGGGAUGUUUUUUCCUCUGAUUCUCGCGCAUGGCAAUACCACUCAAAGUGCCAAAACAGCUGCGAUUGUGUUACAGAGUUUGACACCUAAUGCCCAGAGUGUGUUCAGAGUUCUUGCAGAAUAUCAACUGGCUCAUCCCGAUGAAGAAGGGAUGCCGAUCAACAAUUUAUACACAAUCUGUCGAGAGCGCUUCCUGGUGAGCAGCCAGGUUACUUUGAACUCCCAUUUGACAGAAUUCAAAGAUCAUGAACUGGUCAAGACCAAAAGGCAUUCGGAUGGCCAGGAUUGCUUGCACAUUCCUCUCAUGACUGAGGCACUUGAAAAACUAUUAAUGGAGAUUAGGCAAUAAGCUUUAUUUUUUACUU